AUGUUUUCUCUGAAAUUAAAUUGGCAGGAUAAUAACAGGUAGCAAAACAUAAUAUACUGUACCAUUAUGGGAGGGCAGUCAGAGUUAUUUUUGUUCCUCACAGAGUUCCUAAGAGUCCUCUGGAACUUUUUUUUUUCUCCUGCAAUCUUUUUUUUUUUUUUCUGUCCCUGUAAUACCCCAGAAAGCUUUUAGGAGUUAUUCCAUGUUGGGAUUUAGAUGUCAGAUAUCUGCAGGACAUCAGUCUCUCAUCUUCCUAAUGUGUUUCUAUGUGUGUCUUUCCCUUGUGAUCUUUCAGAAGAAGAGCAAGCUGCAUUACCACAUUGCAGUCAUCAUAAACUACCUGGGACAUUGUAUCUCUCUGGGAGCCCUGCUGGUCGCCUUCAUCCUCUUCAUGAGACUCAGGAGUAUCCGGUGUCUGAGAAAUAUCAUCCACUGGAACCUGAUUACAGCAUUUAUCCUGCGAAAUGCCACCUGGUUCGUGGUGCAGCUCACUAUGAACCCAGAGGUGCAUGAGAGCAAUGUGAUCUGGUGCAGGCUGGUCACAGCAGCAUAUAAUUAUUUCCAUGUGACCAACUUCUUCUGGAUGUUUGGAGAGGGCUGCUAUCUGCACACAGCCAUAGUACUGACAUACUCCACCGACAAACUGAGGAAAUGGAUGUUCAUUUGUAUAGGCUGGUGUAUUCCAUUCCCCAUUAUCGUCGCUUGGGCCAUUGGCAAGCUGUACUAUGACAAUGAAAAGUGCUGGUUUGGGAAGCGGGCCGGCAUUUACACUGAUUAUAUUUAUCAGGGGCCCAUGAUCCUGGUCCUGCUGAUUAACUUCAUUUUUCUCUUCAACAUUGUGAGGAUCCUGAUGACUAAACUGAGGGCCUCCACCACCUCAGAGACCAUUCAGUACAGGAAAGCAGUAAAGGCCACACUGGUUCUUCUGCCGCUGCUGGGCAUCACUUACAUGCUGUUCUUCGUCAACCCAGGCGAGGAUGAGAUCUCACAGAUUGUCUUCAUCUACUUUAAUUCUUUCCUAGAGUCCUUUCAGGGCUUUUUUGUGUCAGUGUUCUACUGCUUUUUGAACAGUGAGGUACGCUCAGCCGUUCGUAAGCGGUGGCACCGCUGGCAGGAUAAGCACUCCAUUCGGGCACGGGUGGCACGGGCCAUGUCUAUACCCACCUCUCCAACACGGGUCAGUUUCCACAGCAUCAAGCAGUCGUCGGCAGUCUGACCAGAACAGAAGUGAAGCAUCUGUCCCUGUUUCUUCUGCUCCCACUCUUUCCGUCCUCAGCUAACCAUCCACAUCCUCUGCAAAACCCAGGGAUAACAGCUAUGGGCCAAACAGGGUAUGAUCCUCAGCUGAAACAUAGAUGAAGGCUGGAAAUUUACACAGAUACUGAGGUCCACCUGCCAAACACAGAGGGAAAAAAACUGCUUCAAAAACAGAUUAGAGCAUCGGUGGUCUCAGACAGCAAUGGGAGACCGUGGGAGGAACAUGACACAUACAUAAAAACGGUUGAUAAAUACUGGCAGAGUGCAUUUAUUCAAUAGACUGAGUUAUAUGUCGCAUCCUGUUUUCAAGUCUUCUCUCAAUGGAGAGCUCAGAUUAUUCCUAACUAUCAGAGUAAGAUACUAUAUAAUAUACACUACAUGGCCAAAAGUAUUGCGAUUGUUAGCCAUACAUGUGUCUGAAUGGGAUCAAAUCCUUAUUCCAACAUCUACUGGAAACCUUCCCAGAAGAUUGGAAGCUGUUAGGGAGGAUAAACUCUAUUAAUGCCAAUAGUUUUGGAAUUAAUUGCUUUUGGCCAUAUAUUAAUUAAUUGCUAUUGGCCACAUAGUGCAAUAGUUUUAGGAGUUUUAAAACAAAAUGACAUAAUCAUAAAAAAAAAAAAUUUCCAAUUGGAAAAAAAACAGUAUCUUUGACAGAUCUUAAUGCGAACUUUAAUUAUUGUUAUUGAAUCUUUUGCCUGGAUACAUUGGGGACAAAAUGUGUGGUGUUUUCUCUGAGAUGUUGAGAUUGUGAACCUUAUAUUUUUUCUUACUCUUCACUCGCUGCUCAUCAUUGCCCAUGUUGUUGCAGCUAGUAAUAGUUUCUGUGAGCAAACUCAUUCAACAUGGACACUUUUCGCUUUGAUAUGAUGAGUACAUCUGUUGCUGUGUAUAUCAUGCAGUGCGAAAAUUGUAAACAGUUUUUACAAAGAUGAAAGGUAUGUGUUAAUGCUCUCUAAGCUUGUUUGCAUCCUGGGACUCAAGGAUAUAUCUAAACCCCGGGGAAAAAGAGGAAGGAAGCUCACAGGAAAGGGAACAACAUCAUGAAAGACUCUCAUGCCUGCUAAGGUAGAAGACGGUACGCUCCAAUGCUAAACACAUAACACAAUCUUUUAAAUAAGGGGUUAUCACAGAACAAAGAAAGGAUUUUGAUCUUAUCCUGCAUUUGGAGCCUCAGCCAAGUGAAUGUAUUUCAAUUAACCACUCCAGCUCUCCUUUUCAUAUAAAUUCCCAGUUAUCAAGCAGUUUUACGAGAUGAUCAUAGUACAAAAUAAUUGAGAAGUUGGAUUCUGGAGUCUCUUUCAAAAAGACUAAUUCUAAUCACACGUGACUGGAAGUUGUUGGUGGUUUUGUUGCCCAGGAGCCUUAGGGAUAGUUCACCCAAAAAUGACAAUUCUGUCAUCGAUUACUCAGCUUUAUGUUUAUCUAAAAUGAUAGAUAUAUCUAAUAUGGUAGAACGGAAUGGGUUAAGAACAUCAUGAGGGUGAGUAAAUGAUGACAGUUUUCAUUUUGGCUGAACCAUCCUAUUUUAUAAAGUCAAUUAUUUAUAUGAAACAAGGUGCAUUUCAAUAUUCACAUUGUUACUGGUGUGGGCAGAAAUUUAUGGACAGCAGGGAAGUCACCGUGUCAUUUGUGGACCAUAUUUUUUUUCUAGUUUCUCUGGACAUCUGUUCUGUGCAUUAGGAAAUUUGAAAAAAUAGAUGAAUAGUGCACUUUGGUGUUUUCUAGGACCAGCUUCUUCAAUUCAAAUCCCAACAGAAUCAAGCCAGAAGAAUCACCUCAGCAAAAUCUGCUCCUAUAUCAUUAGAGUCAAGAGAGAUCUGCAUGCAUCACAUAGGGUCAUUUAACAUCCAUCCAUAUGUUAUAUCCCUCGCCAAGCUGAGCCGCCAAUGACCGAGUCCUGUGACCGCUCACUGCUGACUCAGCACAGUAAAGCAGAUUUAGCUUUUGUGCUCAUACAUCCAAUCAAUCACAUCUGAUAGGGAGAGCAAGGUUGUUAAAAAAAAAAAAAACUCUGACUCAGGACCUUCAUCUAUGCCUCUGUGCUCUUCUGACCUUCCUGAAGUACUUGUGCGAGAAUCAUUUGUAAAGGCUUCAGCAGAUUCCGCAUUCAGUCAUGCUUGUUGUGUACGUGUCCAGUAGCACCAUACAUCUAGUUGUGUAUAUAUAGGAUGACUAGCAUUGUGAAGUUUGCUAAUUACCAUAUAGCAGUGUGUGUACAUGACAAACUGAGGACCAAGCUUGUGUCACGUCUGCUAGUAAACUGAAACACAAGGUUCGUUUUAGUGUCGCUACUAAGUUUAGGACUAAUGCUUAGUACGUUUUUUUUUUAUCUAUUUUUAGGCUGUGCACAGUCAUUUUGCAGUGAAAUCUGAUCCGUUUGUUCUGACAAUGUAGUAAAUAUCCGGAUGUCAGCAACUGAGAGCUGGAAAGAGAGGCCAGAAGGUAGAUUUUUUUGUCAUGACAUCUGUCCACUCUGCUGAACUUACAAGAUGCAUGAGAAAACAUAAGUUAUUUUAGUUAUUCGUGCAUAUUUUGUGUACAAAACCUCCUUUUUGAUCACUGUUAAGGAAACAAAAUGGGGAAAAAGUAAGGGAGUAUAUUAUGACACAGUUCCAAACAAUACUGAGCACUUUGUGUAUUAUUAUUCAAAAGUUUGUGGUCAGUAAGAUAUUAUUUUAAUGAACACUUGUAUUCGACAAGGAUGCAUUAAAAUGAUAUUUUUAAAUGUCAUUUUACAUCGUUAAGAAAAAAUGCUGUUCUUUUGAACUUCCUAUUCAUCAAAGAAUCCUGAAAAAGCAGUUUCCACAAAAAAAAGCAGUGCAACUGUUUUUAACAUCUUUCAAAUAAUCUCACUGGCCUCAAACUUUUGAAUAGUAGUUUUUACAUAUUGUAGCACCCCAAAUAAUGAUUAAAAUAUCUAAAAUCUCAGAUUUAAAUGAUUUCAAACCACAUAUUAUUAUAUAAAGCCCAUAAAAUAGCCUAUCAAAGUUUACCUCAAAUUGCAACAGCAAAGGAAGAUCAAAUUACAAAAAUGAAACAAAUAAUCCCAUCAAUUUGCUGGCAAGCCACUAAAUUUUCAAACAAGUCUCUCUCACAGCACAAUAUACCAGUGGACAAAAACAUAUCAAGAGAUAAUGUACAGUCAGCCGGCCAUUAAGGGGUUUAUUUUGAGAUAAUGACCAUCUGACUGAACAUUAUUCCACUUAUUAGACCGCUGCUUAUCAUUUAAAAUCAUAAAUGGAUAUGAAAUAUUGAUUUCAUGUGAAAUUAUUUGAUUAUGUCCGAAGAAAGAGGUUUUCAGGGACAAUGGUUAAAUUUGCAGUUUAGUGGUCAGACUGACUGCGAUUGACCAAUCAGAUUCAUGUAUCCCAGAUAUCUGUCUAAUGAAAAUAGAGAAACUAAGAAUAGCUAGAUGCUGAAGAGCAAAACUCCCCAGACAGUGAUGGAUGUGAUGUGGACAGAAAUGAGAGAAGCAUAGGUUACUAUUUAUGUCGAGCAGAUCUGUUCGCUGGUGCGUGUGGAAUCGUGCCACCUGAGGGAUCUGAUUUAGCUUCAUGGGUUUGAAGACUUUCACAGCACUGCUCAGACACACUCCAUCAGUCUUUGCCUCACUAUUUAUAGCACUUUAAUACUAAACAGCUCAAACGUUCACUUUGUAUACAAACCUGUGGGGCUACUAGCAAAAAGGCCAUCUAGAGACAAAGGUACAGUCUAUACAACAUUAUAUAAAAUUACAAUAUAUUAUCCUCCUGAAGAGCUAAAUUAGUGACAUAUCUAGUAAAUUAGGUGUUAGUUAAAAACAUAUUGUAGUGCUUACGGUGUCUAACCAUACUUAAUCCUUUCAUAUACCACAUUAAACAUAAUCACAUAUAUUAUUUUCAAAUCAUUACUCAAUCAGUUUUUGUAAGUAACCCCACGAUUUUACUACAUUCAUUGGCAUUAGUUGCAAAUUCACUCUUAAAAAUAAAGAUUUCUUAUUGGCAUCUAUGGUUCCAUGAGCAACCUUUAACUUGCACGGAACCUUUCAUUUUCACCGUUAUUUUAAGAACUGUUCACUGAAAGGUUCUUUUGGGAACCCAAAGUAGUUCUUUAUGGCCUAAUGGUUCAAAACUGUCCUUUAUGUUUAAGAGUGUAAUAUGCUUUCUCAGAACUGGAUAUAUAUCUAUCAGGCUGUUCUUUAAAGGUGAAGUGUGUCCUGUAAAUGUGUCCCAUUCACAGUUUGACUUAAAAACAAACCAAAAAAAAAAAAAAAAAAACUAACACUAUGGCUCUGCUUGAGCAGAUUUGAUUCAUGCAAUGAAUUUCAGGUGCAACUACCUGGUGUGCUAUUAGUUUUCUAGAUAACCAGAUUCUUGAUUUUCUCUCUGCAGGUGAUAAAACCCUGUAGACUUAAAUUAAAGGAGGUACCCGAGCUGUAUCUCUUUUGACUUGGGCUAGUAAGCAACAACCUAGCAACCACCCAGGACUCCCUAGCAACCACAUAACAUUGAUUUUUAAGGAAUAGUUCAUCCAAAAAAAAAAAAAAAUCUUGUUUCUUCAUUUAACCAGAUUUGGAGAAAUUUAACAUUACAUCACUUGCUCAGCAAUUAACAGCAAUUAACGUCAUGUGAAGUGAAAAGCUGCAUGUUUGUAAGAAACAAAUCCAUUAUUAAGGCAUUUUAACUGAAUCAACUAAUCAAAUAAUCCAUGAUAAAGCUUCUUUUUUGAAUGAACUAUUCCUUUAAGUUAUUCAGAACAGUUCUAGAGGCACAUAAAUGACACACUUCAGCUUUGAAACACAAGAUAAUAGGGAUUUGUGGGGGCUGUGGCUUGUGCGUAGCUGUUUAGUAAUAGUUUGAUUUGUAUCACUUUUCCAUUUGGUUUUUGUUUGUGGGUCAUUUGACCUCCAGAUAGCAGUCAGCAUUCCAAAGCAAGCUAGCAUUCUCCAUGCCCUCCAACAUAUGCGAUAUUCCAAAGUACAGCAUACAUGGUGUGCUCCUCCAGCGUGCCUCAAAGAAGGCCUAAAACACAGUCUCUGCUUAUGACUUAUCAUUUCUUCUCUGCACAUAACUCAAAUACCUUCUUCUGUUCAAAGAUAAAAAUGUCCAGACUCACCAUUCUUGGUAAGGUCAGUGUCUGUAUCAGAUUUGUUGGCCACCAUCCUUUACCCGGAAUUGUAUGUUUUCAGUAUUAGUUCAGUCAUUUCUGGUAGUGUUUGUCAUUUCUGUGUUGGUGAGCCCUGGCUUAAUUUUCUGUAUCUAUUAGAAGCAACACUGGUGUGUUUUCAUUUCUGUUUCUUUAUUCACUGAAAAUAAUUUUCUUUGUCACUAUUUUAGUCUUGUUUUCAAGUAAAGUAUUUCAUGCAUUUAAAACAUAAAUUUACUUGAAAAAUAAAAUUGUGUAAAUAUUGUUUUUUUCUUAUUUUAAGAAUAAAAACUAUUAAAAAUAAAUCUAUUUUGUUAAGUAAACUGAAUAAGUACAUUUAUCUCGUUUUAAAGAUGUUUAAGUGUUUUACUGGAAAACAACACAAAAAUACUGAUUCAGAAAAGUAUUUCUGCAAAGUUUAUUUUCUCUUUUUUUAGAGGUUGUGAAGAAGUUCUUCCAAAAUUGUGAAAUGUACAGAAGGUCCGAACAAGUACAAGCUGUGUAGCUGUAUUUGUAACAACGAUGUCAAUACGUGAUCUUUUUUGGGUGUUUCUUUUGUGUUUAGUCGCUGAUGUGAAAGUGUACAAAGAAAAAAUUAUUUAUUUAUACAUGUAUGGCACAGAAAAAUAUCUAUAUAUUUAUCUCACUAUUUAAAUAGGUCAGAAAACACGAGCCCACACGUGACUCAUAUCAAUAUAUCCAUCACAUUAAUGUCCAGAAUGUGUGAAGACGAUGUAAUCUUGUAUGUCUUGCUUUUUGUGGUUCUGUGAGACAGUCUUUUCAUCAUUUCUGUCAUUUUCUGCAGUGCUUCAAGAACAUUCUAUUUAUUACUUUUGCUCUUCUGUUUGUUUAUGACUGAUUUGAUGUUUGAGAGAAUUUAGGAACUGUACAGAGAUUUAUAUUAAACUACACAAAGAGUAAAGUCAUAUGUUGAAGGCAUAUAGUACUGUGCUGAUCAAGAUGUGCAUUAAAUUGUUUUUCUUUUUUAAAUA